AUGCUUCAAGAACGAUGCCAAGAGUUGAGCAGUCCGGCAUUGGAUGGGUUCAGCUACCAUAAAGUUGAGUCGAGUAAUAACAAGGAGAAAAAGUUCUUGGUUGAUGGAGUGGAAAUGCCAUACGUGCUCUGGGCGUCAAACCACUCAUUCGCUAUUGCCUGUCCUAAGCCUCUGGCGGAAGGCCACGUGUUGGUGUUCCCCAAGCGACAAGUCGCUUACUCCAUUGAUCUGCCGCAAGAUGAGUUCUAUGACCUCCACCGCUUGGCCUACGCCGUCGGCGGCGAACUGAAAAAGCUGUACGACGGAGACGCCACUGGCCUCUACGCCAACGACGGCAGGGAAGGGCCUGACGCCGGCAAACACACCUACUACAACGUCUGGUCGGCUAAGGAGUCGGAGAAGGACGUAUCCUGCGAACGCUACGACAAGGUUGAGAGUUCGAUUCUAAUCGACGCACAACACAUGGACUGGGAGGAAUAUAGCAAGCACGCCAAACUCAUCCUCGACAGGAGAGAGAGCCAAAAAAACCCAGAGGAGAAAAACCCGGAGAAGAAGAAAUAG